CCAGACUGCCCCCGAAACGCCGCCGCGGAACCGCAAAUCAGCACCCACCCCACGAAGCGAUUUCAAAUUUCGAACCCGGUAACCGGCCCCGCACGCUCCCCUGCGCCCACGCCUUUCCAAAUAAAACUCCGCUCACCCACGCUCCCCACUCCCCACAGAUCCAUCCGCGCCUCGACUCCCCCCUCCCCCUCCCUCACUCCUCCCCUCCAAAACCUCGCCGGAACCCUACCCCUUCCCCGCCGCCGCCAUGAGGGAAAUCCUGCACAUCCAGGGCGGCCAGUGCGGCAACCAGAUCGGGGCCAAGUUCUGGGAGGUGAUAUGCGACGAGCACGGCAUCGACCAGACCGGCAAGUACGCCGGCGACUCCGACCUCCAGCUCGAGCGCAUCAACGUCUACUACAACGAGGCCAGCGGCGGCCGCUUCGUGCCCCGCGCCGUCCUCAUGGACCUCGAGCCGGGCACCAUGGACUCGCUCCGCUCCGGCCCCUACGGCCAGAUCUUCCGCCCCGAUAACUUCGUCUUCGGCCAGUCCGGCGCCGGCAACAACUGGGCCAAGGGCCACUACACCGAGGGCGCCGAGCUCAUCGACUCCGUCCUCGACGUUGUCCGCAAGGAGGCAGAGAACUGCGACUGCCUGCAAGGAUUUCAAGUCUGUCACUCUCUGGGAGGAGGAACUGGUUCUGGUAUGGGUACACUGCUCAUCUCCAAGAUCAGGGAGGAGUACCCUGAUAGGAUGAUGUUGACAUUCUCUGUUUUCCCAUCGCCAAAGGUGUCUGACACUGUGGUCGAACCUUACAACGCUACACUCUCAGUACACCAACUUGUUGAGAAUGCCGAUGAGUGCAUGGUGCUCGACAAUGAGGCUCUCUAUGACAUCUGCUUCCGCACCCUGAAGCUUGCCACACCCACAUUUGGUGAUCUAAACCAUCUUAUUUCUGCAACAAUGAGUGGUGUCACUUGCUGCCUCCGCUUCCCCGGCCAGCUGAACUCUGACCUCCGGAAGCUCGCAGUCAACUUGAUCCCAUUCCCUCGCCUCCAUUUCUUCAUGGUUGGCUUUGCACCACUGACCUCAAGGGGUUCUCAACAGUAUCGCGCCCUCACUGUUCCUGAGUUGACCCAGCAGAUGUGGGACUCAAAGAACAUGAUGUGUGCUGCUGACCCGCGCCACGGUCGGUACCUCACAGCCUCUGCCAUGUUCCGUGGUAAGAUGAGCACAAAGGAGGUGGACGAGCAGAUGCUGAACGUCCAGAACAAGAACUCGUCCUACUUCGUUGAGUGGAUACCCAACAAUGUCAAGUCAAGCGUGUGUGACAUCCCUCCCACAGGCCUGUCAAUGUCGUCCACCUUUGUUGGCAACUCCACCUCCAUCCAGGAGAUGUUCCGCCGUGUGAGCGAGCAGUUCACGGCCAUGUUCAGGAGGAAGGCUUUCUUGCACUGGUACACCGGGGAGGGCAUGGACGAGAUGGAGUUCACCGAGGCCGAAAGCAACAUGAACGAUCUGGUUGCUGAGUACCAGCAGUACCAGGAUGCCACAGCCGACGAGGAGGAAGAGUACGAGGAGGAGGAGGAUGAUGAGGUUGCUGCCUAAGCCACCUGACCUUGUUCCGUCGUCGUGCGGUCUGGUAGAUGUGCCUUGUGUUUACUAUUGCUGUCGAUUUGGGGGUGCUUGUGGUGCGGAUAGAUCUUUAGGUGGUCGAUAACACUUAUAGAUGCUUUUGGUGCUUCGGCGAAUCGAUUUUUUUAAACUGUUUUUUGUAUGUCGAUGGUGCUUUGGUGCGAAUUGUGUUAUUAUAUUAGCGUAACUGUGGAACUUAAUACCAGUAAAUUUGGGAAUAUUAUAUUUUGGUAGCUGCGUUGUAGGAAA